GGAAGAAGCAGGAGCGGCCAUGGCGGCCACGGCGGCCCUGGAGCGCUGGGUGUCCGGGCAGCUGCAGGAGCUGCUGGGCCUCAGCGCCCGCCAUGUCCCCGCCUUCCUGGUGGCGCUGGCGCGGCGCAGCCGGAGCCUGGAGGAGCUGCUGGAGCGGCUGCGCGAGACCGAGGCCCUGCGCGUGGAGGAGCCGCGCGUGCGCGAGUUCGCGCGCCAGCUGUGGGACAAGGUGCCCCGUGAAGCCCCCCGGGAGCCCCCCGGGCGCGCGGCCGAGCGGGCGGCGCUGGAGCUGCAGCGCCAGAACCGCGGCUACCGAUUGGUGGAGAGCGACGAGGAGGAGGGGCCGGGCCCCGCCCGCGACCACGCCCAGGAUGAGCCACGCCCCCGACGGCGACACCUGCGGCGACGUCACCGCUCCGAGUCCCCCCCCGAGACCCCCGCAGCAACGCCGGAGCCCCCGCCAGCCCCCGAGCCCCCCGAGGAGCCGGAGGAGGAGUGGGAGGCGUCGGAGCGGGAGCGGCUGCGGGACCUGCGCGAGCGCGACGCCUUCGCCGAGCGCCUGCGGCGGCGCGACC